CCUGAUGUCAGUCUCUGCUGUAGCUGCGGUGAUAAAGUGUGUAUAGGCGAGCUAAAAUAACCUCACAGCUAGCGUAUACAGAUAUAGAAAAGUUUAAACUUGUUACCAGAGACGCUGGUGGCUUUAGUUACCGAGAGCAGCGCUUUUUCACCUCAACAAAUCACUGCGUUUGACUUUUAUUUUCCCUUCGCUGCUGCUGUUGUUACGCUAACGUUAGCAUAGCUAGCACAACAUCUGCUAAGCUAGCUAACUAGCAGCGUCCUGUGUUCGUGCGUUGCCGUGAUUUCUUGAGGAGCAGCCCGGAGAGGAACCGGAGAAACAUGAAGCAGAGCAGCAGUGUCCAGUCAUGGUGUGUGGGAGUAACGAUACAGCUGAUUUUAGCUGCCGUCCUGCACCAGGGUUUCGCUACUGUUGCCCCGCCCACAACUGCCCAAACCACCGCCGCACCGCACAAAGACCCCGGCAGACCUGAGAAAGGAAACUACCUGGUCAAGAACAUCAACGGUACUACCUGUCUACUGGCAUCCAUGGGUCUGCAGCUCAACAUCACCUUCAACUCUGUCUCCCAGAACAAGACUGUGCAGGAUGUUAUGAACCUUCGGCCCAAUAUGACAAAGUUCUCUGGAUCGUGUGACACAGACAGCGCCUCCCUGCAGCUCACGACGGAUGCAGACAAGACCAACCUCACCUUUUUCUUCACCCUGAAUUCUACGUCCCGUAAGUACCACCUGAGUGAAGUGUCUCUGUCUGCAGCCUUGCCAGACAUGAAAGAGCCCGUUGUAGCCCAUAACCGCAGUCUGGACUAUCUGCGGGGCACCUACGGUUACUCAUACAUGUGCCGUGAGGAGCAGACUCUGAAUGUGGCUGAGGAUUUGUCCAUCAACACCUUCCAGGUGCAGGUGCAGCCCUUCGGCCUCACUGGAGAUCAGUUUGGAGCAGCUGAGGAGUGCCAGCUGGACGAAGACGACAUGUUGAUCCCCAUCAUAGUCGGAGCAGCUUUAGCAGGUCUCGUCCUCAUCGUGCUCUUGGCGUACCUCAUUGGCAGGAAGAGGAGCCACGCUGGCUACCAAACCAUCUGAGGUCACUUGUCACUCUCAUGUUCCCAGAGGCCAGAGCGCGCUGUCCCACCCUUCAGAUUAACCACUGUUUUAUGAGACUUAACACUCCUCCCUUUGUCCCCCCUCUAUCCCUCCAUCCUCCACCCUCCCUGCCUGUGUGUGUGCUGUUCUCCGCCCUCAUCAGUAACACUAGUCAUUAUCACUUUGUGGAGGUUGAUACGCUCUUUCUAAACUGACCCGCUCAUUCAUAAAAAAGGGGGGCUUUGUUUGGAGAUAGUAAUGAAAUGACAGAAGAACCUACGGGUACGACAUAAAGCAGGGGAUGGAUGUUGAUCAGAGGGUCCAUGAGAGUCUCAAAUUGUAUUGUACUAUUUAUGAUUUCUGUGAAAGGAAUUUUGAGGGAUUUAUGGGAUUUGAGGGAAUACUAGACGCUACUGUAGCUUUUCUUAUCGUUGAUCUGCUUUAGGGCGACCAUUUUUAGUCGUCAUUGAGGUCUGUUGUUAUAAAGGGAAUUUUUCUGCGUGUUAAACUUAAUCUACUGCA